CGUGUGAAUUGUGUUUUGGCGGUAAAGUUCUGAGAAAAGGAAGACACUGUAAGCAUACCUGAAGUUCAUCCAAAUUAUCACAAAUUUCGUUGGAAUAAGGCGUUUUCGAAGGGUCACUUGAAUUAUUUCUGGAUUUUGUGGAGAGUAACAAUGCCUGAUGUCACUAUCAAUGGAAUUCAGGUCACAUUUCCAUUCCAACCGUACAAGGUUCAGGAGGACUACAUGGCCAAGGUCAUUGAGUGUUUGCAGAAUAAGAAACAUGGGGUUUUGGAGUCACCCACUGGGACUGGAAAGACGUUGAGUUUGCUCUGCUCCUCGUUGAGUUGGCUAUUGGUUAAAAAGGCCCAGCUCCAGGCCCAAGCUAUCAUGGGAGCUGUGGAGAAGCCAGAUUUCGGUGGAAAGUUCUUCGAGAAUCUCACCAGUGGACUCAACAAUGCUGCAGGUACAUCAACUGAUAUUUUACCCCAGAAUCCGAAUUUCGGUUGGGCCAUGCCAAAGAUCGUCUACGCCUCGAGGACGCAUUCACAAUUAUCUCAAGCGAUGCAAGAGUUGAAGAGAACGUCUUACAAACAUGUCAAAGUCGCUGUGAUUGGGUCUAGGGAUCAGCUCUGUAUUCAUCCCGAGGUGUCCAAAGAGCAGAAUUCAGCUAAUAAAAUUCACAUGUGUCAGGCCAAAGUCAGAGCCAGGACUUGUUUUUAUUUUAAUAAUGUUGAGAUUAGAAAAGAUGAUCCAGCCUUUAAAAAUGAAAUUUGUGACAUCGAAGAUUUAGUUAAAAAUGGUCAGAAGUUCAAGUGUUGUCCAUAUUUCUUAGCCAAGGAGUUGAAACAAUCAGCAGACAUUACCUUCAUGCCGUAUAAUUACCUCCUAGAUCCAAAGACGAGAAAAUCUCAGGGAAUUGAUCUUCAAAAUUACGUCAUACUGCUCGAUGAGGCUCACAAUGUUGAGAAAACGUGUGAGGAAGCAGCUUCCCUGCAGAUCAGCAGCACUGACAUAGCACUCUGCAUUGAUGAGAUCACGAAGGUUAUGAAGGACAUGGCCGAGGAGAAGUCUGAGGACAUUGGGUUCAACCUUGAAGGGCCUGGGACCAAUCUCCAGAAAGAUUUUACACCGGAAGACUUAUGUGUCCUCAAGAUUAUGUUUCUAGCUGUGGAGAAGGCGAUCGACGAGAUCCCCUUGAACAUGGGAACUGAGGGUGACACAUACCCUGGGGGAUACGUCUUCGAACUUCUCGAAAAGGCUGACUUGACUCACGGAAAAGAGCAAAUCGUCAUCGAAAAACUCGAUAAAAUAAUUCUCUACUUGUCUACAAUCAGUGCAUCACCAUUUGCCAGGCGAGGAAAUUCAUUACAAAAAUUCUGUGAUUUUCUGAGGACAGUCUUCAGUGGUGGUGGCUCAUCAAAUUCGUUUAAACAUCGUGAAAGGGUAAAGCAGGCUUACAAGGUGUACGUUCAGCCUGAGGAAACCAAGAAGUCCAACAGAAAUGACGGCUGGGAGCCGAAAAAACCUGUUCAGAAAGCCGGUGGCAAGUUGAUCAGCUACUGGUGCUUCAGCCCAGGCUUUGGAAUGCAACAGCUACUGGAACAGGGAAUUCAUUCUAUUAUUUUGACUAGUGGAACAUUGUCUCCUUUGAAACCCUUUAUCUCUGAAUUGGGAAUCCCCAUUGAUGUCCAGCUAGAGAAUCCUCACAUCGUCACAGGCAAGCAGGUGUGUGCUGGAGUAUUGAGUCAAGGUCCAGAUAGUCAUCCUCUGAACUCUUCCUAUAACACUCGAAACGACCCGAAGUACAUCUCUGCCUUGGGACGAACUCUCUACAACUUCAGCUGCUUAAUCCCCCACGGUCUCCUCGUCUUCUUUCCCUCUUAUCCAAUGAUGAAGAAGUGCCGAGACGACUGGCAGAGCUCAGGACUGUGGUCUACGAUAACGGAAAAGAAGCCGAUAUUCGUCGAACCCCAGACGAAGGACAGUUUCAACACCGUGAUGAACGAUUUCUACCAGAAAAUUCAGGAUCCAACGCACAAUGGAGCGAUUUUUCUAGCAGUCUGUAGAGGAAAGGUCUCAGAGGGUCUGGACUUUGCCAACGCCAAUGGACGUGCUGUUCUUAUCACAGGACUCCCAUUUCCACCGUUGAAAGAUCCCAGAGUUGUUCUCAAGCAGAAAUACCUUGAAGAGAUGAGGGUGAAAAAUAAAGAAGGACUCUCUGGACAGCAGUGGUACCAGCUGGAGGCCUCUAGGGCCGUUAAUCAGGCCAUAGGGAGAAUAAUAAGACACAAAGACGAUUAUGGAGCGAUUGUUUUGUGUGACACUAGAUUUAACAACGCCAGUUUCAAAGGACAACUGUCUUCCUGGCUGAGACCCCAUAUAAAGGACUUCUCCAAUUUUGGAAUUGUCACUAGAGAGCUCAGAAAUUUCUUCAAGAAUGCCGAAGCCACUCUUCCACAGCCCAAAACAACUCGUCACCGAGAAUCUUCAAUUCCUGCAGUUCCCGCGAGCUUCGAGUACAACAGUAGAAUACGUGAAGGGAGUUCUCUGAAGGUGGAGGAACCAGCAGCAGCAGAAGAGUCUAUCAAUUUGGAUAUCUAUAAGCGUGAAAACACGGAGAACGGUGGAAGCCUCAAGAGGAAGGAUUUUCCAGAGUCCCAGGACAGAAAUGUCAUCAACUUCGGGACUCUCAAGGCAGUCGGAGGCUGGAGUCAAUCAGAAUUAGUCAAAAACCCGGCCUCCUCUGAACAAGUCUUCAAAAAACGAAAAUUGAAAAUCCAACCGAUUGAAUUCAAAUUUGACGCUCAGCCUUCGACGUCUCAGGAACAGAACAGCAAUGGUCUAGAGAAGACGAGCCCUGGGCACGAGAAGAAGCAAUUGGGGAAGACGUAUCUUAAAGAAGUGAAACGAUCACUCAGUGAGGGCAACUACAAAGUCUUUGCUCAGAUGAUCCAAGUUUAUACAAAAAGUGGGGAUUUUGAAGGACUUUUGAAAACAUUGGGAGAAUUAUUCCCGGUAGGAAGUGGAUUGGAAAGACUCUUUGAGGGCUUUAGAAGUUUCUUAAAAAAGCAACACAUAUCUGCAUUCGAUAGCCACAUAAUGAAAAAAUAAAUUAAUCUGGUUAUAAA